AUGAGACUCGGAAAAAUUUCGCCAUACAGUUUCAAAAAACUGUCCAGAGUCACUAUUCGUUCACGAAGGCAAGCAGUGUCGAUGGUUCGAUGGUCACACACCAAAGUCACCGGUACUGGGUCCAAGUACAACCAUUUCUACACCAUGACAACAAGCAGAUUGGUCCAAGAGUUGCUCAAGAGCAAGAGUCCAGUACCCACUGCAGCGCACCCAACAAUUGCCAUCAGUCCCGCAUAUGCUGCCCAACGAGACCACUGCACGUCAAUGCUCGCUUCCGUGGAGCUUCAGCAGCUGGGAGGUUGGGAUCGUGAAACUGUCGGAUGCAUUGACGCCAUGCAGAGAAAACUGUUCAACUUUGAUAUUGUCAUCCUACCAAAUUUUGAGGCGCCUCGGCCCAGGUUUCUUGGAGGAUCUGCGACGUCUCACCGUCGACUGCUCGAGAGCUAG